GGGGGAGGGGAGGAGGGGGAGCGGACACAUCAGCACGAUGACACACUCGGCGACGCCAGUGAGCUACCUCAAUCGCCGUGCAAAUGAUGCGUCCAGCCACGCAGGUGAGCAGUCCAGCGAGCGAUGGCGUAUGUUCGACAGGCACUGCAGAAAGACCAGGAGGUCCUCCCUGCUGUGAAUGGCUGCAUAUCUCGGCAGCCGUGUGCGCUGCGUCUCUGACGUGGUAUUUUUUUUUCGAACCUUGGGGAGGUCCGGAUGCAGAGAUCUGUGAUGACGAGGAAGAGGAGGAGGAGGAGGAGGAGGAGGAGGAGGAGGAGGAGGAGGAGGAGGAGGAGGGGGCUAGACUCAUCAUGUUCCAGAAGAAGGGAACGAGGCUCAUCAGCAGCGCAAUGAAGUAUCAUAUUGUAACACUCUUCCAUGAAGAUGACCAUGAAGACCCUGGCCAUGCACCCCAGGAUCAGGUCCCGCGCCAGGCGAGGGGCGACCAUCCCCCAUGCCCAGGAUGCCUUAAAAACAGAUGUUCCAUGUGUCUGUCCAUGAGCCGGUGCUUUGCGGUGGCCUGCUUCCACUCAGCCUCGCGCAGCUCGUCGAUGCACUCUUGGAUGCGCUCGCGGCACAUCAUCUGGACAAGAUUUACCACACGGUUUGACCCAUGCCGCCCGACCAAUACAGUGCAGAUCCACACGGCAGGCCCUGAGGCCAUCAAUGCAUUAUGCCAAAAGCCGAGAAACGCUGCCAGAAGGCCGGCGGUUCCAACAAAUUCCGCGAACCGACGCCAACCCUCGUUUUGGAAGAACUCAAGCUUGCCAAUAAUCCUCUGCUUUGCCUCCUUUUUUCAUAGAGCUCAGCAUCUCGUCGAGUUCGGUCGAAGCUGCUACCCGAGGACAUGCGUACUCCUCUGCCGCUUUACACGCAGUCGCAAUGGUGCCAGCAAGCAAGAGAAGCGACACAUUGGAGAUGGACAGAGACCCAAACACGUCACCUCAGGAAAGCUUGGGCACGUUCGCGAGCAUGGCGAGCGCGGCGAAGGCCACGGCGGUGAGGGCCGCAGGGAUCCAGGCAAUGCCGUCCAACCAUGACAUCUCAGGAACCGCAUCCGCGCCGGUGAGCUCUGGAUCUCCGCCCUCAAUCAGGGGCGCAGACUGGGGGGGAGACUCCAUCCCCUGGCCUCUGGCCCCUGGCCCCUGCCCCUGGCCCCUAGCCCUGGCCCCUGCUGCUGCUGCAGCGGCUGCUAAUGCUGCUGCUGCUGCUGCUGCUGCUGCUGCUGCUGCUGCUGCUGCCUGCUGCUGCUGCUGCUGCUGCUGCUGCUGCUGCUGCUGCUGCUGCUGCUGCUGCUGCUGCUGCUGCUGCUGCU